CAAUAUCCUCCCAUUUUCUUCUUCUUCUUCCUCCAAAUUCAUUAUUGUUUGUAGCUAACAAAGUUGAGAAAAAUAAAUAAAAUUGUAUGUAUGGAGUCGAGUUCAGGAGAGCAUAUCAAAGGAAGCCCAACACAUGGUGGGCGUUACGUACAGUACAAUGUAUACGGUAACCUUUUUGAAGUUUCUCGUAAGUAUGUCCCUAUCCGACCUGUUGGUAGAGGAGCUUACGGUAUUGUCUGUGCUGCAAUGAAUGCUGAGACGCGUGAAGAAGUUGCUAUCAAGAAAAUCGGUAAUGCAUUUGAUAACCGAAUAGAUGCCAAACGGACUUUAAGAGAAAUCAAGCUUCUUCGUCACAUGGAUCAUGAAAACGUAAUUGCAAUCAAAGACAUCAUACGGCCGCCACUAAAGGAAAAUUUUAAUGAUGUAUACAUUGUUUAUGAGUUGAUGGACACUGAUCUUCAUCAGAUAAUACGCUCUAAUCAACCGCUGGCUGAUGAUCACUGUCGGUACUUUCUGUACCAAAUGCUUCGAGGACUAAAGUACGUUCACUCUGCAAACGUCUUGCACCGUGAUCUAAAACCUAGCAACUUGCUUCUGAACGCUAAUUGUGACCUGAAAAUCGGGGACUUUGGACUUGCAAGAACAACUUCUGAAACAGAUUUCAUGACUGAAUAUGUUGUUACUCGAUGGUACCGUGCCCCGGAAUUGCUCUUAAAUUGUUCAGAAUACACUGCAGCAAUUGACAUCUGGUCAGUAGGUUGCAUUCUUGGUGAAAUUAUGACCCGGCAACCCUUGUUCCCGGGCAAAGACUAUGUUCAUCAACUUAGACUCAUCACAGAGCUGAUAGGUUCACCGGAUGACGCGAGUCUUGGAUUUCUGAGAAGCGAUAAUGCGCGAAGAUACGUUAGACAACUUCCUCAGUAUCCAAAGCAGCAAUUCGCAGCUAGAUUCCCUAAUAAGUCUCCUGGAGCGUUGGAUUUGCUCGAAAAGAUGCUUGUCUUUGAUCCAAACAGGCGUAUUACAGCUGAUGAGGCGCUUUGUCACCCGUACUUAGCACCGCUUCAUGAUAUCAAUGAGGAGCCGGUUUGCCCAAGACCUUUCAGUUUUGACUUUGAGCAGCCAGCUUGCACUGAGGAGAAUAUCAAAGAGCUCAUCUGGAGGGAGUCUGUAAAAUUCAACCCUGACCCGACUCACUGAGUAUGAGAUGUAUGCAUAGGUGUUAUAUAUAUAUAUAUAUAUGUAUACAUAUGUAUGUAUGUAUACUAGUUAGACAAUUAUGACAUGAUCCUAUAAUUACUUUACUAUAUCCUAUUAUGUUCUUUCCGGUUGCAGAAAGUAUAAACUGAUCCACAUUGUUGAAUUUGUUAUUUUGGAGUUUAUUCAAGGGUGAUUGUUCUUUCUGGUUUUAUAAACAA